AUUCAGUAAAAAUUCAGCAUUUAAAACGAACGCACGUAAAGUAAUCGCUGAGUACGCUCGCGAAGUAAGACACGCUGCUCAGUCGGAACACCGAAGCAUACUAGCUAGGCAGCUAAUCAUUAUAAUAAAAUAAAACAAAUAUAUAAUUUAAUACUCUUAAGUUUUUUUCCAAAGCAUUCAAAGCGAUUGCGAGCUACUAGCGUUUUUAAUUCCUUUUCGCGCGUCGUCAAGCACUUACAAUAACAACAACAGCGCUAUGUAUUCUAUAAUUUCAUAGCUGACGAAUUAAUAAAUGUCAUUCUGUUUUUUUUGUUGUUGCACGAGUAUUAUAUCCAAAGCACCGCUCGCGUUGCGUCCCAUCCACUUAGGCGCGCUGCAAGCAAAAGUGAAAAUUCAAAGUGCAAAGUGAUUUAUUCGCCUACAUACAUGUGUAAAUAUGUAUGUAUGUAUAAGUAUGCAUCAGCUGUAGCGGUUUUACCUCGUCGCUUGUCGCUGUACGUGCAAAUGUGUGUGACUUUGUUAUUUUAAUUGAAUUGUCUCAACUGAUUUGCUUGGGAAAAUUUAUAAAUAUUUAUGCAUAUAUAACAUUUGUGGUUGUGCUUUUUUCCCAAGAAAUUUAAUGAAAUUACAACGAAACAAAAAAUAAGUAAAUGAAUAAUUGAACAAGCCGGAAAACCCGUAUUGAUUGUAUGUAAACUGGUUGGCGUGUUACGAGUGGCGAGUGCAGAAUUUUAUCGAACGAAUCGAAUUCGAACAUUUUGAAGCGCGUUGAAAAGAAUAGAUGUAUUGAAAUACGAAAAAACAAAAAUAAGCUAAAUAUAUGGAAAAACAUAAAAAAUAAAAAAAAAAUUAAUUUGCAACAGAUUACGGUAAAAAUUGGAUUUGCUUUCAUAAUAAUUGUUAGAGAUGCUGGUUACAACUGAUAUUAAUAAUGUGCGUGUUUGUGGCAAAUGAUGGCCAAAAAUGGCGGCUAAACCACCAAAGCCGCCAGCUACUUUUUUGAAGCAAAAUAAUCACAACAACAGCGACAACCAAGUAAAUAACAACAACGAUCCCAACAGUUCGUCUGCUUUUGCAGCAACAACAACACCCACAACGCCUACCUCCACAUCGACCAAUCCGCCACCCGUCGCUGAGACAUUCAGCAAGCUGGGUAUACGGCGCUACAACAGCCGAGACAAUUUAUUGAACAACAUCAGUAACGAUAACUAUAACACUGAUAACGGCACCGACGCCGCAGGCAACGCCAUCGAGGGCGGAGCUGCCGCACGUCCCACUUGCAAUUGCACGAACAUAAGUAUUAUGCAUCUCUUUCAUGAGAUGAAGCAGGAGUUUCCCACCAUACCCGAUCCGAUUGUAGCGCAGUGUGUGAAUGAGAAUUGCCAUCAGCGUGAGAAUUGCAUACAGAUGUUGAGGAAUGAGUUGGCGUUGAAUCCGAUCCCAGUGCAAACGUAUCCAGCAAAGGUGCUGCAGCAGCAUAACAUCAACCAGCCACACAAUAAUCACCAACAGCAAAAGCAACUGCUACAACAACGACAAAAUAGUCCACCAAAGCUGUCGCCAGCGCAGACGCCGGCACAUCCCCAGCCACCGCAGCGUCAUAAAAACGCAACGCCGCCGAAACCCGCUACGCCGUUGCGGCCGAUACGCCCCGCGCCCGUCCAACCGCCGUCGGGUACAUUACAACGCAAGCGAAUUGACGCGAACAAUAGUGUCGUCACACCGCUAACGAAUUGUGAUAGUGUUGAAUUAGUGCAAAACAAUAAUAGCAAUAAUACUGGCGAUUUGUUGAAAGAUGUUAAUAUUGUUCAGUCGCCGUGCAAUAUCCACAGUAACAACAACGACGCCAACAAUAGUGCCGGUGAAUUCGCAAUUCAAAAGUGUGAUAUGCCGUCGUCCGCGACCGCGAUCGCCCUCGCAAACGCGACCACUGAGUGCUCGCGCUCAAGUGAAUUCAUAGCAGCGCUUAAUAAACUAGCCGCAACGCCACCUCCGCCCGCGCUAUUGACAGUCACGCGUCCACGCGCACGACCUAAUACGCUAAACUUACAAGCAUCUCAACAGCAAUUUCAGCGCCAGCAGUUGAAUAAACAACUGCAGCAGCAUUUACAGCACCGCAGUCAGCUUCAGCAACAGCAGCAACAGUCAACGGCUGGCGCGCCAGAAGAUCUGCCGCAGCAGAAGCCAAUACGCAAAGCGCCGCUGCCACCAAUCGCGCCGAAGCCCGUAUUUCACAAUCAAAAUAACAACAAUAACAACAACAACAGUUGUGGAAAUUCACCACAAUCACAAAGCGGCGGCAGCUACUCGGCUGAAUCGAAUUUGACGAGUCCGAUAAGUUCGUGCGGAGAGAGCGAAAUAAGUGCAAAUGUCGGUUUGGCAUCUCAAGCUUUUGCGUUCGGUAGACACAACAACAACAACAACCACAUUACUUCUACCUCUGCGACCCCAACUUAUCAACAACAACCGUCAUCGCCACACAAAUCACCUCUCCGUCAUCGCUCAGUUAUCACAGUACAACCGGAGCCGCCAUACGCGCGUGAUUUUCUACCUCCAUCGAAAAUAGGCACAAACGCUGUAGCAACUUCUGCCACCGGUGGUAGUGGGGGCAGUACGCCUACAAGCCAGAAGAGUUUCACAUCAGUCAAUUUGACAUUACGUCAGCCCACUGCCGCCGUUCCCCAAUCGACAAUCGAUAUAUCCGCCGGUCCGGCGUUGAGCGGCAACGGUAGUGGUCUCACCUAUUCCAGCACAUCGUAUGACGCGCGUCGAGGUUAUCAGCAAAAUUUCCAUAUAACGGUCACUGACGAAGGUGGUGUCUUCAAUGCGAGUCGCAUACGACCGCGAAAUAAUAGUUAUUACGCCGGCGUUGAAGACCACGACAGUCCUGGGGGACCAGCGGGCGGUGUAAGGCAAGCGGUGUCUGCGACGCAACAGCGACAACCGCCCACAACAGUAGUAUCGCCAACAACACAGACAACGCAUAUGUUGGCCGAUAAUAUUACGCCGUCAACUAUUCAAAAAACGUCACCGACAAGCGAAGAAAUGUGCCUGCCAUUGGAAAAUAGUGUUUUCACCGAGACCAUAAAGCGACAGAAAACGCGCCGUGAUAAGCUUGCCACGGCACUUCGUGAGAACAAAAACAAGCUUGGCCAUGCCGAAGAGGAGAUCAACAUGCUGACCGAAUCGUUAAAUCCCGGCGAAUCUGAAAGACUGGACUAUGAAAUAAAUAGAUUGCGCAGUGAUUGUCAACAAAUGUUGAAUGAAAUUGAAAAUAUCAGACGAUAUGGUCAGCUAACCGAAUCCGAACGACUGCAAGUGCAACAACAGCAGCAACAACAACAACAGCAAUCAUUCCCACGCCAACGACCACCGCGACCGCCACCGCCGCAAUUGCAAAAUGCCUACCAAUACCAGCAGCCUGCUUCAGAUCCUCUGCCACAUCACAACAACACUGCUGGCAGUGGUGGCAGCAUUAGCGGCGGUGGUGGCGGUGGUGGCAGUAGUCACACGAGCGCUGCAAGCACACCCAACUCCACUUACUUGCAACCGCCGUUAUCAAACGUUUACCACCAGCACCGUCCAGACUAUGCCAAUCAGCCACCACCAUAUCAGCCACCAUCCACCGACGAAGAGGAAUACUCCGAUUCGAAUACCGAUGGCGGCGAAGAUGAUGAACCGCUCGAACGCUGGGACUGCCCCAUGUGUACAUUCCUCAAUCAUCCACAGCUGAACAUAUGCGAGGCGUGUGAAUAUGUGCGCAUACUACCCGGUACGGUACGCAUUAUGCCUACUGCGGGCGCAACAGCGGCUGCUGCACCACCACACCCACCGGCAACAUUUAUUGGCGCCACCUCAGCGACAACAGCAGCUGCUGCGGCAGCCUUAGCUGCAGCGGCGCCAGCUGCGAUUGCUCAUGGGUCGGGUGGUGCGAGUGCAGCAGGUGAUAAUGCGCGUUCACCUGCUACGACUGCUGCCGCCCGCACAGUUGCUGCUGAAUAACGUUUGAUGGCAUGCUUUGCGUAUUGCUUUACGUUUGUGAGAUGUUUGCAAUAGUAAUCUUAAUAAUAAAUUAUGAAAUUAGUAAAUAAGUUUAAUUGAUAGCUAUUUUUUUAUUGUUUUUUUUUGUGUUUAGUUUUUUUUUUUGUAUUCUAAUGCUAACCAAAUAUGUUAUUGAUUAGUAUGAUUGCAUGCAUGUCGUAUAUAUGUAUGCAUAUGUACAGUUAAGCACAGUUUUAUGAGUUUUAAAUGUUUGUAUUUAUUUAUGUGAAUGUAUUGCAUGCAGCUAAAAAGCCUUUUCUCGCGCUUUUAAAAAAUGAGUUGAAACAAAUGCAAUUAAAGUCGGUAUUAAUACAAUAGAAAUUUGAAUUAUGUGGCAAAUAAAGUGUACAAAAAUCGUAUAUGGCAAAUAUUAAAGUAAGGAGGAUAUAAAAUAUCCAAUAUAAAUCAACUUUCUCUUGUGUAUUUUGGUACAUUAAUUUUUUUUAUUUUUUCUAACCAACAGCGAAGGUAAAUAAUUCAAUAUUUGGCUUUGUAAAGCCAGUUUUCAUCUUUAAUGAUUUAUAUUUUUCAUUUAAUUAAUUAUAAUUAAUAUUUUGUUACUUCAUUGCUUUUGAAUCAACAAAAAACUGAUUAUUUGCCUUUAUAUUUUUUUUUCAAUUUCCUUGUCUACAGUUUUAAGAAAAAAAAAUUCGAAUUAUUUUUAUUUAUUAUUUAGAAAAAGACUGUAGACAUAUGGACAUUGAACAUUUUCCAAGGCGACUCUAUUAAAAUUGACGUUGGUAAAUCAGCUGAUUUGUUUCUUUUUCUUUCGCUGUGUCUAUGUAGCUGUCAGCACAGAAUAAAACAAGGCGAAUUUUGUUUUCUACUUCGCCAAUACCUUCCCGUGAGAAUCAAACGUACAAAACAUUGUUGUUGGUCUAGUGCCACCACCUUCAAUAAAUGCGCCUUGACAUUUUCACUUGGAAAUUACAUUUCGAAAAAAUUAGUCGUGAACGAGAGUCUGGUUGGUUGGUUGGUUAAAGUGGUGAUAAAUCCAGAAUUCAAGUAGCGCUUCCGCACUAGAGCGAGAGCCUACUUAUGGAUGUAAAUGUAUUAAAAGACAUAUUCCACAAAAAUCUGAAGUCUCAAAAACAUUCAGUAAUUUUUUAAUUUUAUGCAACGAAAAAUUAAGCAAUGCUCACUUAAUAAUCAUCACUGUUCACUAAAAAAAAUUGAAUAAAAACCAUUAUUCGGAAAUAAAGUCAUAAAGCAAUGAUUAUUAUUAUAGUUAAAAAAUUAAUAAGCAUAAAGUAGUAUUUGAUCCGUUGUAAAAAAAGUAAAUAAUAUUGAAACAAAAAAACAAAAAAAAAAAAUUAAAAAUCAGAAAAUAGUCGUUGCUCCUGAAAGCAAGCAAAAAAAAUGUAAGUGUUGUAAGCAUGAAAUAAAGUAAUACAAUAAUUAAGGGGUUACAGGCGUCCCUCGUAUAACAUGGUUAAUUCGUCCCGUGCUAUAUC